AUGUCGAUCAAGAGCCAUGUCAAUGCAGAGCAACUAGUGAACCUAUCACAAUCUGGCAGAGGGGACAAGGUGGAUUGGAUUCACGCUCACAGACACGAAUCAAAUCGCUGCAUGUUACGAGAUUGUCUUUCAUCUCCGUGUAUGAAUGAUGGCAUUUGCCAGGAGACAUUUGAUGGUUAUAUCUGCCGUUGCGCAGAGUUAACCCAGGGACCUCGCUGUGAGACAGUUAUGGGUGCCUGUGGAUGUCUCAAUGAUGGAGUAUGCUCUGGGAUGCAAGGGGGAUUCCGCUGUGAUUGCCUAGGAGGCUGGGGAGGAGAACGAUGUCAAAUCAAAAGGCCAGCGUCGUGUCAGGCUGAGACUUGCCUAAAUGGAGGGACUUGCUAUGAGGAUCCUGAUAUUGGAUUCUACUGCUUGUGCACUGGGUGUUUCUAUGGAGAGUUUUGUGAACGAGAGAUGUCACCCGACGAGGAACUCCUGACCGGACAAUUGUCAAGUGAACCAGAGACGUACCCCACCCAUUGCAACCACAUCGUAACAAUGGAGCCCUCUAUGGUCCUUCCUAUCUUCCUUCGCCAAGUGUACGCCACGUAUCCAACUCCCGAUGGCUGUCCCUACCGAUAUUCGACUGGCUGCUUCUGGAACAUCAACGCACCUGCUGGAAAAGUCAUAACCAUCAUGCUUUAUUCCUUCAAUCUAGUGUUUAAGUAUGAGAUAUUUGCAGUGCACGAAGGUAAAAUCGUUUAUGACUUCGACAAGGACAUCGCGGACCCUACUGUGUAUGAUUUCGCCUCGAAGUACGACAUCGCCCUCAACCGAUCGGAUGGGAUGGCUUUUUACCUGGCGGACGCUCCUGCAGAGGAUUCCGACAUCUUUCUCUUCGUGGGCUCGGGUGAUCUGACGGCAAUUAUGCCCUUGGCUAUCAAGACCACGUCGACAAAUAUUUCGUGUGUCUUUUUUCCUGAUAGCCAAUCUAUCCAUGGCUUACAGCUUGCCGGAAUGGUUUUCCUAGAGUCGCUUGAUUAA